GGUGAGUGGAGCAUGGCCCUGUCCCACCUGGCGCUGGGAGUGGUGUCUCUGCAUGCAGCCCUGAGCACUGCCCAGGCAAGUCGAGGGGCUGCUGCUGGCUUCCUGCUCCAGGCCUUGGCUGCUGCCACCAUGCUGGCUCCAGGGCUAGGCACAGAUGAAGAUUGUCUUGCUGGAGCCUGGGUGGCCACUGUCAUUGGCCUGCCCCUUCUGGCCUUCGAUUUCCACUGGGUGAAUGGGGACCGCUCCUCUGCGAACCUGCUCCUGGGAGGAGGCAUGGUGCUGGCAGUGGCUGGUGACCACCUUGGUGCGGAGGGCCGCUCUGUGGCUGGUCAGGCAGUGGUGCUGGUGGUGGCAGUUACUAUUCUCAUUGUGGCUGUUUUCACGACCAACACUUACGGCAUGUGGGGGGGCUUGAUGCUGGGUGCUGCAGGCCUCCUGGGCCGGCUGGAGGAGGACAGGCUGCUGUUGCUGCCGAAGGAGGACAUCUGUCGCUGGGUCCUGGCCGCGGGCAGUUGGGCCUACCACCGGGCCUUGCACACACAGCGCCUGCAGUGGGAGUGAUGUUUGGAGACUGCUGGGCUGGGCUUCUGCCCUGGUUACCACCUCACCUCCUGGGGCCUCCUUCCCUAGAGAUAGACUCUCCUUCCUCCCAAAGGGGGCUUGAUGCAGGGUGACUCCUCUGGGGCAGAAUCUGGGCACUGGUCCUCUGGUGGAGUGUGAGGACCCGCCUAGACCAGGAUGAAGGGGAUGGGAUCCAAGCACAUUUGGGGGUCUGAUUCUGAGCAGGCUAUGGUUGUGGAUCCAGAGAGAGGCUUGGUCUCCAAUAAACCUUAGGGAUUCUGCAGGAA